AUGUCUGGAUUGAGCCCAUGCUGUCUUAAAACUUCAUUCCAUGGUAAUGUCUACAAGUCGGGGAACGAUACCAAGAGAAUUCUGGUGAUUUUCACCGACAUUUAUGGCUACAAAACCAACAAUGUUAACUUGAUUGCCGACAAGUUUGCCGAUAACUUGGGUUACCAGGUUUUGAUUCCAGACCUUUUCAAUGAGGAUCCAGCUAUUCCUAACAAGACCAACAUCGGUGAGUGGCUGGGUAAGUACUCUCCUGCUCAGACGGGUCCAAUUGCCAAAGCCUUUUUGGAGUACCUGAAAAAGACGUAUGAUCCAGCUUAUCUGUGUACCCUUGGCUACUGUUAUGGUGCUAAACUCGUUUUCCAGAAUGCCACCAAGGACAGUCUUCCAAAUGUCUGUGCCAUGGCCCAUCCUAGCCUUACUGAGGAUUCUGACCUGGAAAACCUCGCAAAGCCUUUGCUGCUCAGUUUGGCAGAAAGAGAUGAGCUUUUCAGCGAUGAAAUGAGAAACAAAGCUGCCGAGAUUCUGCGGAAGAAUAAUAUCAGACACCAAAUUGAUAUAUACAGUGGCACAUCUCACGGCUUCACUAUCAGAGGUGACCUUUCUGACCCUGCUGUCAAAUAUGCUGUCGAGAAGUCUCUUUUGGACCAAUCUUACUGGUUCAAAUCUCUAGAGCCAGAGUACGUUAAGAAUUAG